CCUCGCACGAACAGGGAUCGAUACUGGUAACUAACAUUCAACGUUUCCUAUAGAUUCCACAUUUCCUUUGCAGUACUCAAAAAUCGGAUAUGUCUUACAUCGUCGGUAUGCUGGUCUGGAAGAGACCUCGAAAUGUCGUCGCAUUGAUUGGCGGUGUGCCCCUUAAAAGCUACCCGCAGCGAAGAAUGCGCCGUCUUUCUCAACUAUAUCAGCGUGUCAUAACUUUAUGCAGAGGUAUAAAGGAUGGAAAAGAUGACCCUCCAGCUCCAAGCCCUCAGCUUCAUAACAACGCUAACUCAUCCACUCCAGUCAGAGACUUCAGUCCACAUCGGCUCGUCAUCGUCAUCAUGUUCCGUAACAUUGUCACUGCUAUCGUCCUCGCUUCCGCGUACAUCGGUUCUGCCGUUGCGUUCACGGGUGAUGCCACCUUCUUCGACCCUGGCUUGGGUGCUUGCGGAGCCAUCAACAAUGCCAACGACUUCAUAGUAGCUCUAAGCCCUUCGGAGUACGCUGGCGGUGCUCACUGCUUCCAGCGUAUCUUUGUAACCUAUCAAGGAAGGUCUGUCGACGCUACCGUCGUUGACCUCUGCCCUGGCUGCGGCCCCGGCAGCAUCGAUCUUUCACCUGCAGCCUUCUCUCAAUUGGCGAGCUUGGAUGUUGGUCGUAUUCAUGGCGUCAACUGGAACUUCGAGUAAUUGUCGAGUGCAUACAGAGCACACAAAGAAUUAGUACAAAUGAAGAAUUGAAUACAGAGUUUCAGUAGUCUGUCUUGGAGUAUCUCGGUGUACAAAUAGUGUUGUAUUAGUAUGAAAUACACGCAUUGAAUACGUCAAUGGAUAGAGCGUCCGAUUUCCUCGUAAGCUUUAGAGUGACAC